UCACGCUGGAAACGCACAUGAUCAACUAUGGCGGAAAGGUAGUGACGACUAAUUUUAAAGGUGAAAUCCACAUCGGUUUACAGAUAUCUGGCCUAUAAACAAAGCUCCAUCUUUGUUUUGUCGCUGGAAAGCAAACACCCUGUUUCCUCGUGCACGGUCGGUUUUACGUUCUCACGAAGUUCGUGAAACUAUUCAAAAGAUGCCUAAUAUCAAAAUAUUCAGCGGCAGCUCCCACCAGGAUCUGUCUCAGAAAAUCGCGGACCGUCUUGGACUGGAGUUAGGCAAAGUGGUGACCAAAAAGUUUAGCAACCAAGAAACAAGUGUGGAGAUUGGCGAGAGUGUGCGUGGGGAGGAUGUGUACAUUGUCCAGAGCGGCUGUGGGGAAAUUAAUGACAAUCUGAUGGAGCUUUUGAUCAUGAUCAAUGCCUGCAAGAUCGCAUCCGCCUCCCGGGUCACAGCUGUCAUCCCCUGCUUUCCUUACGCAAGACAAGAUAAAAAGGAUAAGAGUCGUGCACCCAUCUCUGCCAAGCUGGUCGCAAAUAUGCUUUCAGUCUCUGGUGCUGAUCACAUCAUAACAAUGGAUCUGCAUGCAUCCCAAAUACAGGGCUUUUUCGACAUUCCCGUGGACAAUUUAUAUGCAGAGCCUGCCGUGUUGCAGUGGAUUAAAGAGAAUAUUCCCGAAUGGAAGAAUUGUACGAUAGUUUCACCUGACGCUGGAGGAGCCAAGAGGGUGACCUCCAUUGCAGACAGACUAAAUGUUGACUUUGCCCUUAUUCACAAAGAGAGGAAAAAAGCAAACGAGGUGGAUCGCAUGGUUUUGGUUGGAGAUGUGAAGGACCAGGUGGCCAUAUUGGUUGAUGACAUGGCAGACACCUGUGGUACCAUGUGCCAUGCAGCUGAAAAGCUGAUAUCAGCGGGCGCCACCAAAGUUUACGCCAUCCUUACCCAUGGCAUCUUUUCUGGACCAGCCAUCUCACGCAUCAACAACGCUGGUUUUGAGGCUGUAGUUGUGACCAAUACAAUCCCUCAGGAGGAGAAGAUGAAACACUGUCCCAAAAUACAGGUAAUUGACAUUUCUAUGAUCCUCGCUGAGGCCAUUCGCAGGACCCACAAUGGCGAAUCAGUGUCUUAUCUCUUCAGCCAUGUUCCUUUGUAACAUCUCGUCCGUUCAGAUUCCGACUUCAUUCACCUCACCAAAGAGACCUGACCAGAGAUCAGCCCUUAUAUUUCAAUAGUCCAGGUUUUUAGCAAGUCUUUUGAGAUUUUUUUUUUCCACUGACAGCGGGACAUGAAAUGUUGUCUUCACGGUCUGUUUUUUUUAAUUUCUUAUAAACUGCUGUUACAAUCUGUGACUGUGAAACGGCAAGAAUAUUUCACGACAUAAUUUAUGUGUUCGCUAUCGUUUGUGUUGAUUUGUGAGAUUUGGAAGUUAAGCAUUCAAUCGAUAAUUUGUUACUCUUAUUGUAGAAUGUGCACAUCAAUGGGUAAUUUAAAAUUCUCAAUGUUGCGUUUGCAAGAAUUUUAUUUUAGCUUGAUCUCUGCAGGCUGGUGCUUAACUAAAGAAUUGAAGAAUCAAUGUUUUUAAGAACACUUUAUAUGAACAUUUCUAUAAAUAAAAAACAUGCUUUCUUGCUUACUUUGUUACAUAUUGAUAGUGUUUAGACUGAUACCUCUAUUCAUUUCAGGUGAAUUUGUUUUCAUUUCAGUAUUUCUAUUGCACAUUCCUAUGAUUAAACAUUUUUUUUAAAGUCA